UAUGACUAGCGAAAUACCAGCAAGUCCUUCAGAAAUUCAUGCGGAUGAUACAGAGGUUUUUCAACUUAAAGCACUUUCGUUAAAUUUCCUAAGAAACACUUCCGAAAUAACUGAUGAACAUAUCCCGAAACUUAAUCCUUGCCACUUCUGCGAUGAAGGAAUUCUUGCCUUACCACUUCAUUCAUUCACAGUAUUAUCAUAUGGACAUAUAUACCAUCGAAUAUGUCUUAAAAAACAUAUUGUACGAUCAGAAACCCGUUCUCCUUUAUGUCCUAUUCCUAGUUGUAUAUCACCUAUCGAACUUGUUAACGAGGAACUUAUACUAGCUUCUGGUGAAUAUCACAUGGUAUCUAAGGAUAAGGAUUUCAGGAAAAAAGGUCCCCUAAGUGAUGAUACUGUAGGAGGUGAAUCGGAACUUUUGCAUGACCUAGGAUUAAUAGACGAUGAUUCUCUUGCGAAUCAAGGGGAAAAAAUAAUCAAAACUAUUACGCAUGAUCAAACAACAAGUCUUACUAUAGAUGUGGAAAGUUCUACAGAUAAUUUAACUAAUCAAACAGCUGGAGACAAUACUGACAAUGCACAAAUUCGGUCAUCAAGAGAAUCAUCUCCCAAAAUUUCUCACGAAUAG